AAAUACUAGCCGAGUUUUAGCGUUAGCUAGUCGACAAGUUGUUUCCCACAACUGCGAAAAGGUUAACAGCAUCGCCAUGAAUGUUGACAGCGCGAACCAGUCUGUCACCACCGGAGCUUCGUCUAACAUCACGACGUCUUUGACUUCAAGCAACUGUAUCGUGAAUGAGAAUGCGACCAGCAACGUCGGCAGCAACCCCGUGGUUACCAGCAAUGCGUCGGCCCCUGCUCCUACCGUGACAUCAUCAUCAGACUCGUCUGUGCCCAAUGGAGUUUAUGUUCCGGGAGGCAUCACCAAUGGAGAUGUAAAGUCAACCGUCUCUACAACCCCACUGGCUGACUUCGUCAUGCAACUGGAAGAGUACACUCCCACGAUUCCCGAUGCAGUGACAGGCUACUACCUCAACCGGGCAGGCUUUGAAGCAUCUGAUCCAAGAAUAAUCCGCUUAAUCUCGCUUGCCUCGCAGAAGUUCAUUUCAGACAUCGCCAAUGACGCUCUGCAGUAUUGUAAAAUGAAGGGGACUGCGUCGGGGAGCUCAAGGAGCAAGGCGAAGGAUAAGAAAUACACUCUGACGAUGGAGGACCUGGCCCCCGCUCUUUCAGAAUACGGCGUCAAUGUCAAGAAGCCCUACUACUUUACAUAGAAUGCAGGCUCCUUUUGCUUGAGCUCGUUUUAAUUUCUGGCUAACAACGUCACUUGUUUGUCAAAUUGCUCAUUUUCAAUCACAGUGCUUUAACACAUUUUGAAGUCACUCUUUAUUUUUGUGGUUCCACCUUUGACUUUUUCCCAUUUGUAAAUGUGUGUUUUAUUGUACAAAUAAAACCCAAAAUAUGAAUCUG